ACCCAUGCCGGUUGGGAAUCCUUAAGCUCUUAGUUUGUAAAACCUGAAAGAUAGUGCCUUUGCUUUGUUAAGAGUGUUACCUUUCUCUAAUUCUUGUUUCAUCUUGUUGUACAUUGGGCUCUUGGUGUUAGCAAAUCGCCAAAAGUGCUCGCUUCCAACAAAUAUGGAGCAGCCGGAAGGAAACAGAGGAAGAAGUGCAUGAUAUGUGUCAUUUCUAUGAUGUCAUUCGAAUUGAUGCUGAAUCCAGUCAGGAGAAGCAGAAAGAGGCUCUGUCUGUGGAGGAUCAGAAGCUUCUUUCUAGCUACUUGCCUUUCUUAAAAGAGUUGAUUCCAGAUGCUGCUGGGGAGAUUGAAGCUGAAAUCAGUGCUUCCACUUCCCAGGAAGACGAGUAUGUGUACGACUACUACACGGUGAAUGAUACCAUGGACAUAGAACAUGAAGACACGCCUUUUCCAUUUCCUCUGGUGCAAGUUGAGGAUGAGGAUUUCUAUGAUGGACCAGAUGACGGAUCUGAAUGCGACAGUGAAGAUUCAAACGCUGAAAAUCAUCUAUUUAAUGAAUAUCCCGAUGAAAGUUCAGAAGCAGAAGAUGAGUCGCAGAGUGAAGAUAAAAGUAAUGACAACGAUGAAGACGAUGGAGAAGAAAACGAAGAAGGUGGAAUGGAAGAUGAAGAGGAAGCUGAUGAUGACGAGAAUCGCAGUUUGCUGAAUGGCGAAGCCAUGAAUUCCGAGGACCAGUAUGAAGCCUUCGUUGAUAACUACCUUGAUGAAGCUUAUAGCUUUGCCAACGACGAGCCUGAAAGCGAUGACAGCUACAGUGAAAGCGACUAAGAGCUCAGAGAAUCUUCCUGUCAAGUGAUGCAAAGAAUCUUCUGUCAUUGGAAAUUCCUCAAAACCCAGCGAGACUUGGUAGUAUCAGGCUAUCAGCAGUUGUUGGGAUUGGAUUUUUGGUGUAUAGCUAAUGUGUGCAGUCAUUGUUACUAGUUCACCAGCAUUCUGCAAGGCAUAUGUUUGCAUAGGGAAAAACACGUUUCUGGUGCAGCUUUGCUCCAUAAUCGAUCCUUCUUUCCCCCCCCCUAACAUCUCCAAUUCAUCAUUCUUUUUCAUUAACUCCUCAUCCUACAUCUUUUUCGCGACAUCUCGAAUACAUCCUUUUGUUUUUC